AUGAGUGUAAAUGGUAGCUUUAAUGGAACAGCUCCAACUUGUGACCCCAUUACAUGCUCAACUGUAGCCAUUCCGAACAAUGGCAGUCUGGACUUUGGUGGAGCCUCACCUGAUGUAAGGAACAACUAUGCAUUAAAUGUAGUGGCUACCUACAACUGUGACAAUGGAUUUUCUCUGGUUGGGGACCGAACAAGGAUGUGCACUGGAGAAGGCAGUAGCAGCUCCAUUGGUACAUUUGAUGGGGUGGAUCCAACUUGUGAACCUAUAACUUGCCCCAGUAUUCCCUCAACAAACAACGGCAGUAUUGAUUUUGGUAGAGCCUCGCCUAAUGAAAACAGCACCUAUGCGUUUAAUGUGGUGGCUACCUACAACUGUGACACUGGGUUUUCUCUGGUUGGGGACAACACAAGAAAUUGCACUGGAGAUGGCAACAGCAUUAUUGGUGCCUUUGAUGGGUCAGCUCCGAAUUGUCAGCUGAUUACCUGUUUUCCGUUGACUGAUCCUUUCAAUGGUUUUGUAACAUACAGUUCUACUGUAAAUAGCAAUUACGUCUUUGAUGUGGUGGCUACCUACAGUUGUGACACUGGCUUUUUUCUGGUUGGUAACGACUCAAGGACUUGCACUGGAGAUGGCAGCAGCAUUACUGGUGCCUUUGAUGGCCUAGUUCCAAGCUGCGAAGCUAUAACAUGCCCAUCACUUUCCAAUCCAACCAACGGCUCUGUUUCUUAUUCGAAUGUGCCUGAUCAAAACAACAGAUACUCUUUCAAUGUAACAGCUACCUACAGCUGCAACUCUGGGUUUACUCUGGUUGGUAACAAGAUAAGGAAUUGCUUUGGAGAUGGCAGUAGUACUACUGGUUUAUUUGAUGGGUUGGCUCCAGCAUGCAAAGCAACAACUUGUUCUCCUCUUGCCGACCUACUUAACGGGACUAUAUCUUAUUCUGCUGCCGCUGAUGGUUUGGGAAAUUAUGUAUUCAAUGUGACGGCUAACCACAGUUGUGACACUGGGUUUGAUCUGGUUGGUAACAACCCAAGGACUUGCAGUGGAGAUGGCAGUAUUAUUACGGGUACUUUUGACGGAGAAGCUCCAUCUUGUGAACCUGCAGUUGCCUCAUCUUCAUCACUUAUCCGAGAUGUUGUCGUACCUGUUGUGAGUGUGAUGGCUGUACUAGCUCUAGUUGUACUGGGUGGAGCUGUUUAUGGAUACAUUAAAGUGAUAAGCCAUCUGUUCAAGUUACAAAAGGCUGAAACUGGGACUGCUAAACUGUUGUAA